AUGAAGCUUGAAUUGUUAGCCCUAAAGUGGGCAGUAACUGAGAAAUUCCAGACCUACCUACUUGGUUUAAAAUUUGAAGUCUUCACUGACAACAACCCCUUGAAGUACUUGCAAACAACUGCCAAGCUUGGUGCUUUAGAACAACAAUGGGAUGCUCAGCUCACUUUAUUUGACUUCACUAUCAAUUAUAGGAGUGGAAAAUCAAAUGCAAACGCUGACACUUUAUCACAUCAACCUCAUGGACCAGUGCCAGAUGAAACAGAUGAACCAAAGGAAGAUGAGCUAUUACAUAUAGAGUCCAUAGUCGCCAUGGCAACCUCUGUACCACCUGACUUGAGUCAUGCACUUGUAACAACACCUAUCUCAAUAGAAGUGAGACAAAUGGCCGUACAUGAACCAGACCAUAAUUUAUCCACAACCAACCCAUCAUCAGAUAAAGAUAAAAAGUUACCUAGAGAUGAUACAGUGAUUGCUACAACAUCAUUCCCCACUCUGACAAAGGCAGAACUUAUCACCAUGCAAAAGGCAGACCCUACAAUUAAGGAAUUUCUGAAGUUUUGGGAGAAAGGCAUGAAACCUACCCUUGCAGAGAGGAAAAAACUUUCUCACCAGUGUGUCACCCUGUUACAACAGUGGGACAGAAUUACAAGAGAGCAUGGCGAGGAUGGCGUCAGAGCCCACGAUACCUUUAUUUGGAACGAAGACGAAAACACAGACGACAUUUCACAAGUCCUGAAGAAGUUCAACGAAUUCUGCAUUCCUAGGACACAGGUCAUAUAUGAACGCUAUAGGUUCAACAACCGAAACCAGGAACCAGGUGAAAACAUCUCGACGUAUCUUACGGAGCUUCGAACGAUCGCAAAAAACUGUGCACACGAUACAAUCACACCAGAUGAAAUUUUGCGUGACCGCCUCGUGCUAGGCAUACGGGAUGAUCGCGUCCGCGAGAGACUUCUCCGUUUGAAUGAUUUAUCUCUCCUACAAGCAGUUGACAUUAUUAAGUCGUCAGAACAGACCCAACAGCAAGUAAAGCUAAUGGCUGGAGGAGACACUGCAGUUCAUGCGUUACGGAAGGCGGGAUCGGCAGAAAAACCUGAAGAAGAACGACAACUUAAGUCACAAGCAUUUAGAAGACCGUCUAAAGAAUGUGGAAAUUGCGGAAUGGUGCAUGGACGUCAUUGUCCCGCGUAUGGAAGAACAUGUUUUAACUGUGGGAGUAUGAAUCAUUUUGCGAAUAAAUGUCCCGCUAAUCCCCGAGGAGUGAAAAGUAGAGUUUCGGCGGUCCAUGAAGCCGUUGACAUGGGAAACGACCCCUACUACAUUGGUGCUACUACUAGUAAGAGCAAAGGCCAGGAAAAAUUGGCAGUGGUCAAACUCCACAUUUAUGGGCCAGAUCUCAAGACAGAAGUCCAGUUUCAAAUAGAUACUGGGUCGCAGUGCGACAUUCUCCCGGCCCAAUUAUACAAGCAAAUCACUGGGGACACCCUCCUUCAUCGCCUCAAACCAUGCCAAAAGGAAAUAGUCUCGUACACAGGGGAUCGUCACAAAAUUGUUGGUAAAGCUACCCUGCCUGUGUGGUCCCGUGGACAGCAGAGGUCAAUGGAGUUUAACAUCUUAGACGGAGACUAUCAACCGAUUUUAUCAUUGAACACCAGCCUCAAUCUUGGCUUUGUGAGUUUGCAUAAUUGUGACGUCCUAGCAUUACACGUCAAGUGUCCCAAAGCCUCCUUGCUCGAAGAGUAUGAGGAUGUAUUCGACGGAUUAGGGGCCCUACCGGGAACAUACAAAAUAGCCAUAGACGAACAGGCGCAACCAGUUGUCCACGCACCGAGGCGAGUGCCAGUAGCCUUGCGUCCAUGCAUCAAAAACAAGCUGGAUGAACUUGUUGAUCGUAAAGUUAUUAUUCCAGUAACAGAACCGACGCAGUGGGUAUCCAGCAUGUUGGCCAUAGUGAAGCCAAACAAAGUACGCAUCUGUAUUGACCCGAGAGAUUUAAAUCGUGCCAUUCGGCAAGAGCAUUACCAGUUGCCGACUAUCGAUGAAGUGGCCUCCCGCUUAACAGGUGCCAAGAAAUUUACUCUUUGUGACGCCAAGGAUGGUUUCCACCAAAUCCUCUUAGACGAUGCUUCUAGUUUCCUGACAACGUUCAAUACGCCUUUUGGGCGUUAUAGAUGGGCCCGCAUGCCUUUUGGUAUCUCAAGUGCGCCUGAAGUUUGGCAGCGACACAUGCAUGAAUUCGUAGAAAAUUUAGAAGGAGUUGAAGUUAUCGCUGACGACUUCCUCAUCGCUGGAUUUGGCGAAACUGACGCAGAGGUCAACUCGAGCCUUGAAAAGAACGAACGUGCGUUCUUCAAGAAAUGCCGGGAGUGGAACCUCAAGCUCAACAAACUCAAGCUGAAAAGAUCUCAAACCGAAGUGCGUUUCAUGGGCCACCUCUUGACUCCUGAUGGUCUAAAGGCAGACCCAGCCAAAGUUGAAGCUAUUUUGGAUAUGCCACCGCCGACUGAUGUGAAAGGCCUGAAGAGGUUUUUGGGGAUGGUCAAUUAUCUGGCCAAAUUCUUGCCACUCCUGUCCGACAUGACAGAACCUUUGCGAAGGCUUGAGGACAAGGACGUCAAGUGGUGUUGGCUUGCACAGCAUGAGAAAGCAUUUACCACAGUCAAAGAAUACUUGGCCAAGGCCCCGGUACUGAAAUACUAUGAUGUUACUGAAGAAGUGACAAUCCAAUGCGACGCCAGCAUAACGGGUCUAGGUGCAGUACUGAUGCAAAAGGGUCAGCCCGUUGCCUUUGCCUCGCGAGCUCUGACCGACACCGAAACGCGUUACGCUCAAAUCGAGAAAGAGCUCCUCGCCAUAGUGUGGUCAACCGACAAGUUCAAUCAAUACAUACUGGGACGUGAAGUUGUACACAUCGAGUCUGACCACGAACCACUAAGGGCAGUUUUUACCAAGCCAAUACACAACUCACCAAAGAGACUCCAGAGAAUGCUGAUGGCCCUUCAGAAUUACUCCCUGGAUGUGCAGUAUAAAAAAGGGGAACUUAUGUGGGUAUCAGAUGCACUGAGUCGAGCAUACCGCAACACCACCGAAGCCUCCAAGCACGAUACAAGUCUGAUCUGUACACUUGCCGAGAUAGAUCAUUCAGAAAACCUCUCGAUUGCACCAUACAGGCUCGCUGAAUUCAGAAACGAGAUUGCCAGGGACCCAGUGAUGCAAAAGCUAAUCGGAGCAAUCAAGGGUGAAUGGCCAGUGUCAAGGAAGUCCUGUACCCCUGAGCUGACGCCUUACUAUGACAAACGAAGUGAGCUUAUAGAAGACAAGGGACUAGUAUUCCUGGGGGAGCGAUUGCUGGUACCCCUUCCCUGA